UCUCUAUACGAUUGAAUUAUCUUAAGAAAUAAGCAGCAAACAUGUUGAUACAUUUAACAUUGAAAUCCGUAUUUCUUAAUAUACAUUCAAAAUAUAGUUUAGGGUGACGCUCUAUAUUACAGCAGAAUAAUUACUACUACUUUCACUUUUUAUUCCUUUUGUGGAUAGUUAUUAAAUGCUUCCACGUUUAUACCUACGACAUAUUCAGUUAAACAGUAUGUCUUGCUAUGGAAAGUUCAAUAUCUGUAUGGAAUAAAUGCUAUGGGAAACAAGAGCAUUUGAAAGAAACAAGUAGUGACGAUAACCACCAAGAAGUACUUUAUAGAGUAAUUUUGACUGUGUUUGGAAGUGUAGCGGUACUGCUUCUCUCUUUGAUACUCUUAGUUGGAGUUUUUGUAUCAUUGGAAGCGGGAUAUAGCACUACGGGAUAUUAUAACAAAUUUGUUCAACAGUUUUCAAUUCCUUGUGAUGAUCUUUCGUUAAGCCCAGAUGAGGAUUUCAACUUAUUCAACAUAAACAGGCACAAAUUUACAUACUCAGUUCACAACGACGUAUAUAUUUGUACAUUCCGAAACGUCACUGAAGUUAUCUUUAUAUUUGUUCAACGUAUUGGACGUCUUAGACUUUCACAGGGACUAGAAAGUCAACCAUAUCUUCAGUGUGGGAACAGCACUCUAAAACCAGCAUCUGGACAUUUGACUGCAACAUUCUCUAAGGUCUCAAGACACCAUACGUAUAAAGAACAAGAGUUUGAUCAAACAAUAUCUUGGGACAAACACUCUUCAAGUGCGUUUAUUUCGGAAAGUCUAGAAUACCUAAAAGGAAAACUACGAGUGCCAGAAGGUCGAGUUUAUUUUGUUUAUGCAGCUGUACAAUUUAAUAUUAGCACUGUCAUUGCAGAGAAGAGUAGUGAUACAAGCAGGCAAUGGAAAGUCUCUCUUCGAAUGUGUGUGAGCAGUGGAGAACACGAGCGCACGCUCCUUUACAGAUCAAAAGUUUUCAGCACAAGCGAAACAGAUAUUGUUUCAUCGUUAAACGUUGGGAGUCACGUAUUUCUUGCGAAAGAAGAAGACGUUUACGUAAAAAUAUCAAAUGCAGAAGGACUUAUUCAUGACUCGGAUGGAAACUCCUUUGGAAUAUUCCCAAUGUAUUAAGUCUAUAAAUGCAAAAUGUGUCAAUGUUGCUGCAAAUAUAAAAGUACAAUAUAUUAAGAUUCGAUUAUGUAUUAAUGUAAUAAAGAUAUGAAUUGUAA